AUGUUUGAAAAAGAGAAUGGAACCUGCACGACGCCGGACGACAAGAAAAAUCCCCUGAGUCCUACAUUGACUGUUAACAGCAAGGCCAAGGACGAUCCAUCAGAAACCUGUGAUAAAGGUCCUGAUAAUCAAGAACAGCAAGGGUUACUAGAUGAUGAUCCCGAAGAGCAAAAUGAAGAAAGCGACUUUGACCAAUAUGGCCCAGAGGAUUAUUAUUUGGAUGAUCCCAAGCCAUCCCGUAAAGAGACGAUGGAACAAUUCUUAAGCCGAAAUUAUCGAAAUCUCGUUCAUUUCCUGGUGGAAGAUUGGUUUCUUAGUGCCAUGUUGGGAAUCAUAACAGCAAUUUUAUCAAUUUUCAUGGAUGUAAUUAUAGAAUACAUGCAGCAUUACAGAGUUCACUUAUAUGAAUUGGCGAGUGAAAGAAGUUUCACAUCGGGAUUAGCAACGUGGAUUGCUUUCAGUACCUUAUUAGUUGCUAUAGCGUCUUUCUAUUGUUAUGCGUUUGGAAAACAAGCUGUUGGCUCUGGUAUACCAGAAGUUAAAGUUAUUAUUCAUGGAUUUGCUUUAAAAAAUUAUCUCAAUUUCCAAACGUUAAUAGCAAAGAUAGUUGGAUUAACACUAUGUUUGGGAGCAGGAAUGCCAAUCGGAAAAGAGGGACCUUUUGUGCACAUUGGAGCUAUUAUAGCUACUUUACUCACAAAAGCAACUGAAGCUUGUCAGUACAACAUGUUCUUCUCUAAUGAAGGACGCCAAAUGGAAAUGUUAAGUACAGGUUGCGCUGUAGGAAUUGCGUGUACGUUCUCAGCUCCAGCUGGAGCUGUACUUUAUGGAAUCGAAUCAACUUCUAAGUAUUUUGCUGUCAAAAAUUAUUGGAGACAGUUUUUCGCUACUACUUGCUCAGCCAUUAUUUUUCGUUUCGCUAUGUCAGCUAUAGUUCCAAGGCACAUCGCUGGUACCAUCAUGGCUUACUAUCAAACAACUUUCCCCAAUGAAGUUUUCUUGAUUGAAGAAAUUCCCUUUUUCCUGAUUCUGGGUGUUCUUUAUGGAUUACUCGGAGCUUCUUUCGUUUUUGUGCACAGAAGAAUUGCCAUGUUCAGAAGAAGAAAUCCAGGAUAUGUUAAGAUCUUUGGAACACGACCAGUCGCUUUCACCGUUUUAAUGGCUUUCUUUUACGCUAUCGUGUCCUGCCCUGAAGGUCUCGGAAAAUAUUUUGCUGGACAGUAUACGUUCCGUGAAACGUUAGUUGAUUUCCUUGCAAAUUGUACAUUUUCGGCUUCUGAUAACGCAACCAAUGCUUGUCCAUCAGAGAUCUUGAGUCAUUGGUCACAUAAUGCUAGUGACUUCCACCCACUCUCUUCCUUAUCUGUUUAUUUUGUUUUCUACUUCUUUGUUGUUGCUUUGUUUGUCUCCCUCUACUGGCCUGCAGGUAUUUUCGUUCCUUGUUUCGUUAUUGGAGCUUGUGGAGGUCGAAUUUUCGGAGAAAUUUUAACCGCUUUCUGGCCUGAAGGUUUCCGAGGUGCUGAUGGACCACAGAUUUAUCCUGGUCUUUAUGCCGUUGUCGGUGCGGCAGCUUUUACGGGUUCCGUGACUCACUCGCUGUCUCUAGCAGUAAUCGUAUGCGAAACAACUGGUCAAUUGUGUGCUCUUCUCCCUGUUUUGAUUGCUCUCAUGGUUGCCAACGCCAUCAGUAGUUUCUUACAGCCAUCUGUUUACGAAAGCAUCAUCAAGAUUCAGGGUUAUCCGUAUCUAGCAGAUUUACCUCCUAGUCGUAUUAGUGUGCAUACAAUGAAAGUGGACCGCGUCAUGGUGAGAGAUAUUGUUUUCAUCACUAAGGAAACUACAUAUCGCGAGCUUCGUGAAAUUCUAUUGGAAACUCCAUCUUUAAGAUCGUAUCCCUUCGUCUCUGAUAGAAAGAGUAUGGCUCUGUUGGGAAGUGUAGGAAGACGCUAUCUCAUCUAUCUAUUGGAAAAGAAAUUGGGACCAGAUCCAGUCAACUUGAGCCGAUCUGGGCGUAGAAGCCGCAGAGCUUCCGAAAUUUUCAACGUUGUUGCUCCAUUCCGUCGAGGAUCUUCAUUCACUAAUGCUACUCAUGCUCUGAACAACCACCAAGUGCUAACCGAUCGCCAAAUCAGUGGAAAUACUCUUUUGGCUCACUCACCUCUUCAUGAAGAUCGUGGAUCUCGCGGACCUUUGGCCGGUCUUCUUUAUAGCCAAAAUGAACAAACUAACUCAGUUCCAACUCUCGCUCGCAGAUCCGAAAUUCUGGCCUCCAAGCUUGAUUUGGAUGAUGUUGCUAUAGAUCCAGCACCAUUCCAGUUAGUUCGUGGAACAUCAUUAUACAAGGUUCACACAUUGUUCUCUCUGCUAGCAUUGAACCAUGCUUAUGUAACUGAACGAGGUCGUCUCGUCGGAGUUGUUGCUUUAAAAGAGCUUCGCGAAGCCUUCAACAACAUCUACUCACGUGGAGCUGUUCCUAUUAAUCCAAGGGUUCGAACAACAUCCGUCUUCCAUCAAGCAAACGGCGAAGCUAGUGGAGAUCAAGAAGUUCAAACUACCAAUUCUGGCAACGAUCUUGUAAGUAUAGCAGUUCCAACAGCUCAUCGACAUAGCCAAUAA